CCGAUCCGCCUCAUCGCUUCAGCGAUACCCAUCAGGAGGCAGUAUAUCUCCGGCGCAGUGUGUGUGGCGAGCCGGAGCUGCGCGGAGCACCUUUGUCUCUCUCAGAGCUUCACUUUAACAGGGCGCGGGGUUCAAGUUGCCGAGACGGAGGGGAACCGCUUUGAAGAAGUGGAUCUUGACGGGUUUAAUGCGCCCUCCCUCUCUAGAACUACUACAAAGGGAGUGAACGGAGAGAGUUCCGCUGCGUAAACCGACACCGACCAUCGCGCCGCUCGCUCGCUCGCCCGCCCGCGCUCCUAGGCGUCAAGAAAGAGAGCAUGCGGGAAAACGCAAGGAGCUGAGUCUUUCUUUGGAAAAUGUGGGAUUUGUUGGCCUCGUUUUGAGAUGGUGCUCUUGUAAGACCGAGCGCCGUGAGCGUUUGCGUGCGUUUUUGGACGCGCCGACCGCCGUGAGCGUUACGCGCCGACUCGCCGGAGGAGCCGUUGUGUGCGUCUGGAGCCUCGUCGUCCAAUCAGAGCCCUUGCUUCUCGUCCAAUCACAAUCUGCGUUAUAAAAGAAAUGGGGUGCGCCAAAGUUCUUCUGGUGAUGUUUGUGAUCGGCUUUGAAAAGGGGAUUUGCGUCAACUGGAACCCCGUCCCUCGCAAGACGGUCAAAUAUAAUGACGUGCACGACAGCAUGGCGCGGUUUCGCGCGGUCGGGGUGUGGAACUACACCAUGUUGACCCUGGCCGAGCACGAGAGGGUUUUGUACGUCGGAGCCAGAGAGCACAUCUUCGCCCUGGAUCCCAACGACAUCAGCAGACAGCUCCGACCACAGAUUGAGUGGUCUGCUCCGGCGGAAAAGAAAAGAGAGUGCGCAGCGAAGGGGAAGAAUAACCAGACCGAGUGCUUCAACUACAUCCGCUUCCUGCAGAGCUACAACCACACGCACCUGUACACAUGCGGCACAUACGCCUUCCAGCCCAAAUGCACCUACAUCAAUGCAGAUCAUUUCGCCCUGGAUAGCGCCGCCCUGGAGGACGAAGGAAAGUGCCCUUACGACCCCGCCAAGGGUCACACAGGACUGAUCGUGGACAAAGAGUUGUACUCCGCCACCCUCAAUAACUUUCUGGGCACCGAGCCUGUAAUCCUGAGGAACCUGGGACAGCAGCAUUACAGCAUGAAGAGUGAAUAUCUGCCGGCGUGGCUCAACGAGCCAAACUUCGUGGGUUCGGCGCUGGUCCGGGAGAGCCGCAACAGUAAAGAUGGAGACGACGAUAAGAUCUACUUCUUCUUCAGCGAGAGGGCGGUGGAGCUGGACUGUGACAGCGAUCUGACCGUGGCGAGGGUGGCACGUGUGUGUAAGGGAGACUUGGGCGGCACACGGACCCUGCAGAAGAAGUGGACCACCUUCCAGAAAGCUAGGCUGAUGUGUUCUUUCCCCGAGCGCCACAUCACCUUCAAUAACCUGCGAGCUGUCUUCACCUUGCCCGGGGCUGACUGGAGGAGCACCAGCUUCUACGGCAUCUUCCACGCGCAGUGGGGGGACGUGGACGUGUCUGCGGUGUGUCAGUACCAGAUCGGAGAGGUGAAAAACGUGUUCGACGGGCCGUAUAAGGAGUACAGGGAGUCGUCUCAGCGCUGGGGCCGAUUCACUGGCACCGUUCCCAGCCCUCGACCCGGAGCGUGCAUCACGAACUUUGACCGAGAGAACGGCUACAACAGUUCUCUGCAGCUGCCCGACGCCACGCUGAACUUUGCCAAGAAGCAUCCGCUGAUGGAGGACCGGGCCGAAGCUCGCCCCCUGCUGCUCACGAAAGGCAUCAACUUCACCCGACUAGCAGUGGACAGAGUGAGCUCGCUGGACCAGAGACCCUACAACAUGCUCUUCAUAGGCACAGCGGAUGGAUGGCUCCAGCGUGUGGUGAUUCUGGGUUCAGAAGCUCAUGUGAUAGAAGAGAUCCAGCUGUUUGAUCGGCAGCAGCCGGUGGACAGCCUCACCAUCUCACACGGCAAAAAGUAUUUGUACAUUGGCUCGCGCUCCGAGGUUCUUCAGCUGCCCUUGGCAAACUGCAGCCGCUACCAUUCACAGCCAGACUGCCUUCUGUCCCGAGAUCCAUACUGCGCCUGGGACAGCGAGGACCGCUUGUGUCCGUGCAUCGACCUCCACCGCGGCUCCACAUCCACGCUCUCACAGGACCUCAUGCUGGAGAGGUUCAGCCGAGGAAAAGCCAAGUUUGAUAAGCCUUUCUCCAUCCCCAGUCCAGAUCAUUCUAGGUUGCGAAAUGUGACUGUGGUUGUUGGGUCAGAUCUGGUUUUGCCCUGCCAUCUGGUUUCCAACUUGGCCCAGCCUUUCUGGGAGCUCAACGAACGUGAGCUGGCCCUGGUGGAAGGCGAGGGCCCGGGGCCCCGAUUCGACCGAGCCCUCCGCGCCCUCGUCAUCCCCCAGGCCGGGCCCCUUCAGGCGGGCCGCUACAUCUGCUUCUCGGAGGAGCAAGGCGUGAAGUUCCAGACGGAGAGGUACCAGGUGGCGGUGGUGGCCAGCGCACCCGUCUUCAUGGAGGCCCGGGCCCCGGACGGAAGCAUGGGCUUGUUCUGGGUCCUGGUGAUCACUUUGGGAGCCGCUUGUCUGCUGCUGCUCAUCGCAUCUUUGUAUCUGCGCCGGAGACUGAAGUUGGCGCUGGGUAAAGGGGCGGAAAUGAAGCCGCUGGAGAGCACUUUGGUCUACCCCAUCACUUUACCCAAAGAGCCUCCGAGUCGCCCGUCCUUCGUCCCGAGCAAGAUGGCGAACGACGAAGACCGCUUCUGGGAAACGGGGGCCAAUUAUUACUACUCGGACGGCUCGCUAAAAAUCGUGCCUGGGCAUGCGCUGUGCUCCACAGGGAGCUCGGCGUCCCCGAGCGCCAUUCCCGGUCAGCCCAUUCACUCUCCGAGCAGACUGAGCCUCACCAACAUCCGGAGCUCGAGCGCCAACGGAUACAUCCGGCUCAACCUGAGCACGGCCGGAGAGGAGCGCUCCAGCAUCCAGGGCAUCGGCAUGGCCGGCCGAGACAGCGACUACUCCAGCCCGUUCAAAGAGGAGCUCCGGAAAACUCUGCAGCAGAGGAGCGUGCUUCCCGACGCCAAUCCCGAGGAGUCUUCGGUGUAAACCUCGUGACGCGGGAAAACCUCAGCUACCUCCCUCCUGCUCGGGGAACUCUCUUCAUCCGCAAACUCUUUCUUCUCAGUCAGCACUUCCAUCUCACGACAUUCCCUUGGAUUAUUCUACUAACAUUCGACGAGCUUUUGUACAUGUCUGUUUUGGAAGGACCGGAGCGACCGAGCCUCGGCUAAAAGCAGGUACAUCUCUGAGAGGAACCCAACCAGCCGAAUGUAGCCGUGGGUCUGAACUGCGACUGAUAACAGACCCCUAUCGUUUGGCGAGAGGAUGCGGAGUUUAUUUUUGACGACACGUUUGAGACGCAUCAACUCCAAUCGCUCGAUGACAAUCACGCUCGGGAGUGAGCCGUUAAACCGAAGCAGGACUCGAACGACGAACUAAGCGCUUUGCCUUUCUUUCUUCGCGGCUCGACGAUUUUUUAAAAAGUCUUUUUUCUGAGAAUGUGUACUGAGACUUGCAGCACUAAUAUAUUGUGAGGUUUUUUCCAUGUCUGUUUAUUGCAAGGAUUUCUUCUUCUUUUUUUUUACGAUUGCGAUUUACGAUAGCUUCAUCUGAAAUGUGAAAGGAUGAGCAGUGCUAGUAGCAUGCAGCAGAAUGUUGUACUAAGACUGCGUUGGAUGUGACAGCAAGUGCAUUACUGUAUAUAUUUGGCUGGAGCUGCCAAAUGAAGUACAAGCC